UAGUAACCAUCUGAAAUCCAAUCAGACAUAAAUAUUCUCGUAAAAUUAUCUGAAAUAAAAUCUGUAUAUUUUUUUACAUUUAAAAUGAACAUGGGUAUGAGUGUUUCUGUACGCACAAUGUUUCUGAAUUGUCUACGGGAAAAUGCUGCCAAUAUGCGUCGCGAACAUGUGGAUCUUGGUAAUCGCAUCGCCAUUGCCCUGGAGAAAUCGCGAGCCAGUCUGGUUAGCAUCGAAAUGAUGAAUCUAGAGCUUAGGAGAAUGAAGGAAUCUGUCCAUAAUGUCAUAACCAACAUGCGUGGAAACAUUGCUGAUUCCGAUUUGGAUGUCGAAUUAGAUUUCAAAACUGUCUCACAGAAAUAUUCAGAGGGCGAUUUGCAAAUUGAUGAGGUUGUUCCGCCAGCUCUUCAGCCAGUUGAUGAAUCCAAUAACGAGGUUAUUGUUGAGAGCGUAUCUUCUCAAAAAAGUGUUGAGGUGGCUGAGCCAAUAAAAGUUACACCAUUAGAUGCUUUGGAGAAUAAUCAAAAAUUAUCAGAGACUGUUUUCAAUACCAUCUCCCACAUUGAUUUAAAGUAAGCCGUUGGUCAAAGCCAAAAAUGUUUUAUAUUUUUUAGCAGUUCAAUUAAAUUUUUGGUGGAGUGUAUAACAA